AUGGCAUCUGCGAAAAAGAUGUGCUAUUUACUCAUCACAGACCUUACACCUACACCUACUCCUGAAGGUGUUGUAGCAGAUAGAUCUCAGACUAUUAUACCAUCUCCAUCUGAACAAGUUGCAUUGUCAGGAUCUGAGACUAUUGCACCAUCUUCGUCUGAAAGUAAUGCACCAGCUGCAUCUGAGAGUUGUGAAGCAUCUCCAUUUGAAACGAAUCCACUAUCUCGUCAAAGUCAACCGAGUAGCGCAGGUGCAUCAUCAUCAAAGAGUGUGCAGGGACCAACAGUUGGAAAAGCAAUAGCAAAAAGAGUUGCCAACAAUAAUGGAAACAAGUUGUACAUUCCAAUCACUGAGACAUUCAAUGCAUUCGAAGGUGUGCUAGCAACCCCAGAAUCGAAUGAGAUUGGCCUUCAGAUUAGGAGGAUGUGCCCCAUUCAAGGCGUUAACAGUUGGACUGUUGCUAAUCCAGCAACAAAAGUUGCUAUUGUACAAGUUGUCCAGGUAUGAUUAAAUUGCUUUCAUAGUCUGUGUGGAUGAUGGAAACAGUGCUGUUGUAAUGUGCAUAUAGGAGCUCAUCUAUUUUCUUUGUUUACUUUGUUGGUUUUCAAAGCUUGAAAGCAGUGAAGAGAUGAAAAGCUCAUUUGUUUUCAACUUGUCUCUAUAAAUAAGCAGCCCAUUCCA